AUGUUGGACAUGCAGACUGUGGGGUUGCAGUCGCCUUACCCCAGUGGAGCUGUGGGGGGCAUGGGGUCGAUCCCCAACAUCUCCAUCGGCAACAUUAGUAACCCCGCAGGCUUGGGACUCAUGUCUGGCUUGUACGGCGAUCAGAAUUACUACAGACAUGGAGG